AUUAACCAAUAAAUCUGAAUUAUAAAUAAUAGUCUUUGCAAUUGAUUUAGUUAUUAAAAAAAAGUUAAAAAACAGAAAAAAAAAGAAAACCGAGAGAGGUACAACUUGAGUAGUUUUACCCUAAUUAUUUUUCAUUUUACUCGUCUUCUCCGCCAAAGCUUCUCAAUUCCAUCAAUGCCGAUCUAUAUUUUUGGAGAAUCUUUUGUUCUUCAUCGAUAUUUAUCCACUUUUUCGAGUCUAAUAUCGUUUUCUUCAUCCUCCUCUUCGUUCCCACAUACGAAUCAACGAAAUCGAAGUGUUCUUCCUCUACUAAUAUCGUCGGACGGUUCACUUUCAUCGAAACCUAACGUUUUUUUACACUUGGGAAAGAUUCCACUGAUAGGCUGCGGUGGUGUUAGAAGUGGUGAGGAUGCUUACAAGAAGACAAGAGCCGGAGCUACUAUUUUCCAGCUGUACAUUGGGUUUGCGUAUGGUGGACCUGCUCUCAUCCCACAAAAAACUUAUCUCAUUCACAAAGAAGAGCUGGUGAGCUUAUUAGAAAGGGAUGGCUUCAAGUUGAUUCAAGAAGCUAUUGGUGCAGAUCAUAGAUGAUGAAACAAUAACAGUAACAAAAAAAUACAGAGGAGAGUCUCUUUUCUUACAGCAAAAACACAUUGAUUUGUUGUUUCUUUCUGCCUAAACAAUAACAUCAUGACUCCUGUCUGUUGUUUAAAUGGGAAAUAACAAAGCAACAUUUGUUUUUCUCAUUGUAACUAGUUUAUCAUUUGUUCUCUUCAUAUUACAACA